AUGGCAUUGUCUAGUAUGUGGAAAAUUCUCAAUAAAGAGUUGGCAAAAUGGAGAGAUGUCUUGGCAAAAGUGAGGGACAACCAUAGAAGUGGGGAAAAUCUUAGUAGCGAGAUUGUGCAAGCACAGAUGUGGUUUGGUGCAAUUGGGCAAGGCAAAAAAACUUUCAACCAUCAUGAAUGUUGGGAGGUGGUGAAAAAUUGCAAACGCUUCAUAAUUAUUCCCAUGGGUCCCCCCGUUAUGUUAAACGAGACGUCACUCCAUGAUUCAAUGAUAUCGGAUUCACUUCUCGAUUCCCCUAUGAGUCAAGACUCACCCAUCGAAAAGGAGCCGAGGCUCAUUGGCCGAAAGGGUGCGAAGGUGAAGAAAGGGAGUAAUUCUAGCACUAAUACAUCAAAAAAUUUGGAGGAAAUUGCAAGGCAGAGUGCCGUAAAAAUUGAAAUUGAGAAGAAACACCAAGAGAAUGAGAUGGCAAUUUGA